AUGAGGACAAAUCCAUGGGAAUCUUAUACGUCUCCUGAUCUAAUCCGGAUACUCUCUUCAAUCUCUUUCGUCUGUCCUUCUCUUUCCUUCUCGCGUCCCGCGUCAAAGAGAGAAUCACAUCUCCCAACAUCUCAAGUUUUCUCGGACUUGGAGGGUCUCCCAACAACAGUGAAACCUCGUUGGCUUCAAACAGAAUCUGAAGAACAAAUCGAGAAGACAAAAGCGAAAUGUGAAAUCACAUGGUUAGGACACGCUACGACUUAUCUCCGAAUUCCUUCAGCUGACUCUGAGGUUUUUUUGGGUGUAUUGAUGGAUCCUAUUUUCUCAAAAAGAUGUUCGCCUUUGUCUAUCGGACCGCAAAGGAGACUUGGGACGGUGUGCGAGGUGAAAGAUUUGGAAGAAGUGGAUAUCGUUUUGAUUUCACAUGAUCAUUAUGAUCAUCUAGAUAAACAGACUAUCAAAGAUCUCAAUAAUCAUUUCCCUCAAGCGAACUACAUGGUUCCCACUGGUACCAAGAAAUGGUUGGUGAACUGGGGUGUUGACCCUACACAAAUAAGGGAGAUGACCUGGUGGGAGGAUGUCAACUUUACCUUGAGAUUUUCCGAUAGGAAAAUCUCUUAUCGUUCUGAGAAGUCCUUCGCUCAUAGCAUUUUGAAGGGCGAUGAAGAGAAAGAGUUGGGAGUUGAUGGAUCGAGACGAGAGAGAAUGACUGCCGAGAAUACUCUAGAUUACCUCGCAGUGAUGAGCUCAACUGUUCAGACGAAAGGAGAGAAGCAGAGACCACCAAUGGGGGAAAGGACGGAAACGGUUAGUGGGAAAGAUAGUGCAGAGGUGAGACCCGGGACGCAAAGAAUAGAUUCAGAAAUCGCCUUUGUGCAAUCCAUCGAUUACUUAGUGUCUGACCCGAUCAAACCCAUUGUUGAUCCCACGAAUUCGACCGAAAAGUUAUUGAAAGAGGAGGGAAUCUCAAUUCGACUGGUAUGUACCCCGGCCCAACAUGCUUCAGGAAGAGGAAUGUGGAGUAAGAACAAAGCUUUGUGGUGUUCUUGGUUGAUGGAGUUUGAGAAUUGCAGUGAGACUAAAAGAGUGUUUUUUGCAGGAGAUACAGGUUAUCGAUCAACUUCCGAUGGACCAACUUGUCCAAUCUUUCGUGAAAUCCGAGAAACCUACGGAAACCCUACUCUUUCUUUAUUACCAAUUGCAAAUGGUUCCGUCUUACCUUAUCUCGAAAGUCUAAUCCCCUUUCUUCGAAUUGACGACGAUGUCACACGACAUGUUCAUCUCACACCUCAAGAUGCUGUUGAUGUGCAUAGGGAGAUGAGAAGUGAUUUGAGUAUCGGGGUUCAUUGGGGAACGUUCACUUCUUCUCGGAGAACACAAAGUACGAUCAAGGAUUUGAACGAUGCCAAACGGCUUAGAGAUGUGAAUAGCUUUCAUGUUGGAGAUGUGGGUCAGACUUGGGAAUUCUAA